AUGCUUGUCUUCAAACGGAACUUUGUGCUUCUUCGGCCUUUCCGACAGGUUGCCUUUGCGAAGCGAAGCACCGCAGGUGGCAUUAACUACAAUAAAGGUGCGCUUACGCCGUCAGAGGAAGGGGAUCCUUUCACUGAUCCAGCAGUGUAUCGCAGCAAAAAAAGUAUAACCGCUCAAAUUAAAACUAAUAGGAAGGAGAAGUUUCUGCUUCGACAAGAUCGCCACAACUCACUUCUAAAUUCUUUGAAUAUCGAUACCCAUCAAGAGGAGCAACUGCGUAGUGGCUAUCGUAUUCCCCUCACGAAGGAUGAGGUGAAAGCAGUCCGUGCCAUUGACGAGGCCGAGGUUGUCCACGGCACGCACACUCGGGAUGCGGAUUACACGGCGCAGGUGCAGCUCCUCAUGAAGCGAGAGGCCGAGCGCCGAGACCAUAUGCUUGAUAAAUUCGGCCAAGCCCCGACAUCUAGAGAAUUCUAUAAGUUAUUUCAGAGCCUGCGCGCGGCUGACGAUGCCGAUGAAGAGGUGGAAAAGCACCAAAAACGCCUCGUUGAAGAGAAUGGUAUUUACCCUUCGACCCGUAUCGACGCUUUCAUGUUGGACGAUGAUAGUUAUUUUCCCGAAUGGGUUCAAGCGUUGCCGUACGCGAUCCGUGAUCGCGUCAAGUACGGCUCCUUGGGGCUGACCGAAGAAGAUGAGGCCCUCCGGGUUCAUCUAGGUCGACUGCCACGCGACAAACGUCUAAGGGAGUGGGACCGACUCAAGACCGCGAAGAUGUACCGGGCGGCGCACGAAGAGACGCUAACGUUGGCAGAGCUGCGCGAUGCCCGACAGGGUAAGCGGCGUUUCCAUUGGUUGCAGCGCAAAAGGCAAAAACGCGCCUCCACGCUGCGGAGGAUGGCGCUCCGUAAGCCCGAGGGAUAUGAAGAGUGGCCUUCUUCCGCGGUGGAUUACAGUCAGAGGAUAGCAUUUAUUGCACAACACGUGGAGAAUGGCCUCCAGACCGGCGGGCAGUGGCCGCUGGAUCCGAAUUCCCUGUUGAAAGCUAAGAUAGAACGGAAACAGGAUGAAGCCGAAAGGACAUUCUUGAUGUCAGCUGAAGAAAGAAAAGUCGCCAAAAAGGCAUCUAUUAACCCUGGUAUAAAAGAGUUGUUGUCUUCCUUUGAUACGCGUGACAAACCCUUUAAGCGUCUUUCCAGAAAGGUGUAUGCAAAUCGUGUUAAUGCGGUUGUGCAUGGUGAUCAGGAUGAACAUGGGAGAAAGUACCGGAAAAUGCAUGCGUUGGCCACACGGCGAAUUCGACCAUACGAGUCACUUUCAGAAGUUGAACUUGAGAAAGAGGUUCGCAACGAGCCACGUGUGAAUGUCAAUGGACUUAAUCAUACUGGUGAUGAGCACUGGACUAAGCACUACAAAUCAUGGCGGGACGGAAUGCCAUCCGUUCGAUAUGCGUCCUGA